AUGAAGAAAAGACGAAGACGUAUGAAUAUUUAUUGCAUAUGGAUUUCUGUAUUGGCACUCACUGUUGUUUUUUAUUUAUCGACUUUUACUGAAGUAUCAUAUCAUUUGCGCAUCUACAAAAGAAACACUAAUUUGUUCGAGCAAUAUGUGGCACUAACAAAUAGCGAACGAAAUGGAAAUGGCAAUGAUUAUCGCUCGCAACACUGCCAAGUAUUACAUUUGGCAUUGAUAGUGUGUGGCAGUGUUCGAUUGAGCUAUCCUUUAACGACAUUUAUUAAAAGUAUCCUACGUUAUCGUCAACAUGCUCUCGUUUUCCAUUUCCUUGUGGAUAAUAUUACUAUGAGAGUUAUAUCGUUGUUAUUCAGUACAUGGCGACUGCCAGCUGUAAAAGUGGUAUUUUAUAAUGCCUCACAAUAUUUGGAUCGAUUCUCAUGGAUUCCGAAUCGACAUUAUUCUGGCAGAUAUAGCUUUUUGAAACUUAUUUUAAACGACAUUUUGCCUGCUGAUAUUGAUAAGGUGAUCGUACUUGAUACAGAUGCAUUGAUAAUGGAUGAUAUCGCCCAGCUAUGGUCUUUUUUUUUAAAGAUGACCAAUUUACAAGCUAUUGGCUUAGUUGAAAAUUUAUCUGAUUGGUACUUAUUCAACACAAGUACCUCCGAAAGAAUUGUCUGGCCAGCAUGGGGACGUGGAUUUAAUAGUGGAGUGAUGUUAUUGGAUUUAGUAAAGCUAAGGAAUAUAAGCUGGUCACACAUUUGGGAAGAAACUGCUUCAAAAAAUAUUAAACAAUAUGGUUCAACUGAGCUAGCAGAUCAGGAUGUAAUCAAUGCAGUUAUAAACGAUCACCAAUGGAUUAUACAAAAACUUCCAUGUGAGUGGAACUUUCAAUUAGGAUUCCAGUCACAACAAGACUUAUGUCCUGUGGAGAUUUCUCAUUUGAAGUUGGUUCACUGGAAUUCACCUCUUAAAACGCGAAUAAUGAAUCGUUACGCAGUACUCUUACGUCGAUAUUACGACAAUGUAAGAGAUAUGGAUGGCAAUAUAUUUCGGUCUAAUAUAAUUCAUUGUAAUUCUGAUUCUGAACAUGUGUAUUCAACACUUGACAAAAUAUCGGAAUAUGAUGACAACGAUGAUGGAUGCAGCGGAAUACGACAUGCUCGAUGGAUCACGUAUCGGACAUUAUUGUACGUACGUCCUUACAAUUUCAGGGCUACUCCGGAAAAUGUUGUUUUGACAACACAGUUCAGCAUGGAUCGUUUAAUGCAUUUUAAUGCGCUAUUGCAAUAUUGGAUUGGACCUAUAUCGGCUGCUGUUUAUGUUACCGAUUUGGAGCUUUCGUUGCUAAUUCAAUUCUUCGAUGAUACUCUUGGUAAUCGAACUAAUGUUGCAUUACAUGCUGUUUAUAAAGAAGGCACAUACUAUCCCAUAAAUUAUCUUCGAAAUGUUGCAUUAAAUAACAGCAACGAUUCAUCAUUUGUUUUUUUAGCCGAUGUCGAUUUCAUACCAGGAUCAGGAUUGUACACAAUGUUAUGUGAAAAGUUGCUAAUAACCAAUUCAACAAACAAAAGAGCGUUUGUUGUGCCAGCCUUUGAAUAUAUUGAUAAUCGAGUUCCAGUGGUUCCUCUUACCAAGAAUGAACUGUUAAUCGAAUUAGAUGCACAACGUAUACAGAUUUUCCGGCGAAAUUUAUGGAUUCAGGGCCAUGCAGCUACUGACUAUAAUCACUGGAGACAUGCUGACCAAGAAUAUUCGGUUUCAUGGAAGACUGAUUAUGAACCAUAUGUUGUGGUGAAGCGUAACGGUUUACCACCUUAUGAUCAACGGUUUGUUGGUUUCGGUUGGAACAAAGUAUCCCAUGUGAUGUCACUUAAUGCUGCCGGGUAUGAAUUUACUAUAUUACCGGAUGCAUUCAUAAUCCAUCAGCCACAUUUUCUCUCAUUCGAAAUGAUACGCUACCGUUCGCUGCCGACAUAUCGUAAAUGCUUGAAAGCUCUAAAGGGUGAAUUUGUACGUGAUUUAUUUCGUGAACAAAAAAAGAACCGAUUAUCUAAAAUUUCCAGACAUCCAUUGAACAAUUAA